AUGUCAGAGAGAUUGUGUGAGAAGUGUAAACGGGUAGCUCGUAAACCGUGGCAUCGUUAUAUCCUGCAGGGAUAUGGUGGCGAAGAUGGUUUUCCGGAAUACAGGUUUGAGUGGGAAUUGUUCGGUGAAGCUAUUUUCUACACAUCGGUGGAUAUGUCCAUCCAACCCGUCACCUUCUCGUGUUUCUCUCGUGCGCUAUUGAGAGAUACUGAUUUACUGUCGCUCGUUAAUGAACCACCGACUGCAUCGAGUUCAUGUACAGAUCCAGUUUUGGAUGUUUCCGAAUCCGAGGUGAAAGAUGACGAAGAUGAAUACGAUACCGAUGAAGAUAUUGCUCGAGAAAUGGCAGCAUUAGAUCUACCGACAUCUUUCGGCGGGGCAAGUCGUAAAGAACGAAGUUGUCGCUCUGAACGAAAAUACAAAAAUUAUCAUAUUCGUGAAAAAUCACCGCACCACGAGUGCUUAUCAGACUAUCUAUUUUAUAAUGGCACGUAUCUGGAGCGAAAGUCGUGGUUCCAUGACUAUCCAGAAUCUUUCUCCACAACUCGUGAAGCUGAAAAUUUUGACCAAUUUACCGAUCGGAACUGUGCACCAUAUGCUUUAUUGAAAGAACACGAACAAGCCAGCGCGUUUUUCGGUACUUCAAAAUUGGAUCAUAAGGAAGAAGACUGCUCAGGGUGCUGGUUUCAUGUGAAGGGCGGUUCAAUUAAGAACCAUAUAAAAGAAAACUAUAUGGAUGAAGAGGCGAAAGGCUCAGCUAAAGGUGAUGGAAAACGAUAUCCAGCUGGUGGUGAAGAGAGGCAAUGUGCUGCAGAUGACUUAUUUAAAACCAAUCAUGACUGGAACUCACUUUAUUUAAAACAUAAGGAGGCGGUAGAAAGUCGUAUUGCAGAAGAUUAUGAGAAGUACACAAAGGGAUCAGAUAAACGGCGAUGCUUAGAAUUUUCGGAUAAGUUGGCCUCAGUUGGUUUAAUCUGUAAAAGGAAUGAUUCAUCUAGCGAUGAGGACGAUAAUGAUCAUUUGGUGACAGGUAUUUCAGGAUUACAAAGAAAGCGUGGUUUUCAUAUUGCCGAUAUUCAUUAUGAUUUUCAAAUACCAUACCGAUUUAUGCAGAAAAACCGAAAAACCCAUUCACAUACAAGUGAGGCUAGGGAUAAUAGUAAUGAUGUUGCCGUCGUAGAUGCAGAAAAUCUUUUAGAAUCAUCGUACUUCGUGCAUAAAAACUUUGAUUUUGGCUAUAAUGACAAGCGCGAUAGAUGGUUGCUGGCAACGAAUGCAUUGGAAACAUUCGUGAAUGAUAAAGACAUGCCUAAAUAUUAUAACCAACGCUUUCGCCUUUUCUCAAAAUUGAACGAAGGUAUUUUGAUGGACCGUGAAGGAUGGUAUUCGGUGACGCCAGAAAGAAUCGCCGCUCAUAUUGCUGAUCGAGUUGUAAUUAUGAAAGACGCUAUAGUAUUAGAUGGUUUCGCGGGGGUUGGUGGUAACUGUAUACAAUUUGCCCUUAAAGGAGCUUAUGUGAUCGCACUAGAUAUGGAUCCUGUUCGAUUACGUUGUGCAAAACGAAAUGCUGAAAUUUACGGCGUAGCAGAUCGUAUUAAUUUUGUUUGCAUAGAUUUCUUCAACUUUUGUAAAUUUCACUGUGACAAAGUGAAGCAAUUGAAAAUGGAAGUAAAAGAGAAACAUAAUGAUACAUUCCGAUCUCAUGGAUAUGGUACUUCAAAGUUGUGGAAAAAGCAAAUGAGCAAGAAGAAAAUUGCGGGUGAUUUUGAGCAAGUUCAGAAAGCUGUAGACAGAGAUGGAUUUGAAGUGGUGAGAAAGACAGAAGCUGGGAAGAUUCAGAGAACUAUGCUCGCUGAAACAGAUACGGAUGAUGAGGAUGAUUUCGGGAUUGCUGUCGAUAACUGUCAUUACAUGCCCGUUUUUGACGCUGUUAUGCUUAGUCCGCCGUGGGGUGGACCUUCUUACCUGAAGUCAAAGUUGUUCAGCUUGAAGAACAUGGAACCGAAAGGAGACAAAAUUUUCCGAAUUACGCGUAAGCUAACUCAUAAUAUCGCUUAUUAUUUGCCAAGACAAACGGAUGUGAAGGAGUUGAUCCGAUUAUCGAAGGAUACUGGAGGAAUGGUUGAGAUUGAACAGGCAGAACUGAAUCGAAAAGUGAAGGCAAUAACAGCUUACUAUGGCGAGCUUGCCUGUGAUGCUUCAUGGUAA